AUGAAGUCAAUGGUAGAAAACGCAUACCACCAGAUCACCCUGUCGAACACGUCUGAGUAUCUUGAGAAGACUCGGAUAUUCAUCGCCGAGAGACCACUUGGCCGAACCAUCGGUGAAAAUGGCUACAUAAGUAUCGUAAAUUCCGAGGGUACACGAUUUGAACCGUCCAGUUUCAGUGCUCAUGUCCCUGCCAAGUUGGCGGGAGACCCAUUGGCACCGUCCUGUCCUUUCACUAGUGGCGAAGUAUUCUCCGAUUAUAGGGCCGAACUGGACUCGACAGUUGACGUCUCCUUCUAUGGCGAGGAAUCUCUGCAGUGGGAGGUAUAUUGGAUCGAGGCGGGAUUUGCAUACUUGUAG